UGGGGAGCCGGGGAGGGGAAAUGGAAGCAGCAAGUCUCCGGCUGAGGCGGUCACGUUUGUUUUCUUCUCGCUGUCCCCUGCAGGAAUGUAAGGCGCGAUGCUAGCGCUCAAGCUGCUCAAUGUUGUUGCUCCAGCCUACUUCCUGUGCAUCUCCUUAGUGACCUUCGUCCUCCAGCUCUUUCUCUUCGUCCCCAGCAUGUUCAGAGACCCUUCCACCACCCCACUUCUCUCUCCUGCUCUGCUGCAUGGGGCCCUCUUCCUCUUCCUCUCAGCUAAUGCCCUGGGCAACUACAUCCUUGUGAUACACAACUCCCCUGAGGACCUGGGCCAGUGCCUGAACUUGGGCGGAGGAGCCGAAGUGGUGGCGGACUGGUCGGAUGGAAGCAGGGCCACUGGCUCAGCCUUGCCCAGCACCCACUUCUGUAGACUGUGUGCCAGAGUCACCCAAAGGCAUGACCACCACUGUUUCUUCACAGGGAACUGCAUCGGGAGCAGGAAUAUGCGGAACUUCAUCAUGUUCUGCCUCUACACGUCCUUGGCUUGCCUCGACUCCCUGGUGGCCGGGGUGGCUUACAUCUCUGCAGUGCUCUCUGUGUCCUUUGCAAAUCCACUGGCCUUCCUGACCCUCCUGCCUCACUCCAUCAGCCAGUUCUUCUCAGGAGCCCUCCUUAGCUCUGAAAUGUUUGUCAUCCUCAUGCUGUAUCUCUGGCUUGGAAUUGGACUGGCCUGUGCUGGCUUUUGUUGCCACCAGAUGCUGUUGAUCCUGAGAGGGCAAACUCGAUACCAGGUGCGGAAAGGGAUGGUGGUAAGAGCCCGGCCCUGGAGGAAGAACCUGCAGGAGGUCUUUGGGAAGAGAUGGCUACUAGGACUUCUCAUCCCUGUGCUAAAUGUGGGAAGUGACUAUCACAGGCAGAAAGACAAGUAACAAAAUACACACACUUGCCACAUGCAUACACACUUCUACUUUCUCCCAUGCUCUGCUGAAACACUCCAGAGUUGGACUCUUCCAUCUCUCAGCAUAGCAGCCUCUGUGAGAGGAAGGGAAUGGCUAGCAAACUGAUUAGAUGUAGCGUAUUACCAAGGAGAUCACAAACCAUGUAGAUGAAGAACUGCUACAGCUUUGUAGAUGUAUUGCUGCACCUGUGUACUUGGCAACCGUCUCUGAACUAUUUGUAAUAUUAUAGUCAGAUCCUCCUGUGGGCUUCUGCUUCCCUUCUUCCAUCUCUCCUCAUUCUUCUCCAGUCCCUUUCCCUCUACUACCCAGCCUAUGCCUUCACCCACAACUUGCAGCUGGGGCCUCCUGAUAGUCUAUGUCAUCAUAAGUAGACUGUCAGUAAAAUGUGUGUUCUGGUGAGGGGAUUCAUAGUAUGGCCCUUGGAGCUUUAUGCAGCUUAAAGUGACCCUGAGAUAGAAACAAUAGUUUAAUAAUAAAAUGCAAUGCAACCAAGUGCUCUAGGGGCAGGAUAUGCAAACUACUAGGAAGGUAUAGAGAGCCUGUCUCCAUAGCCUAGAAGGUAGGGGAUAGAAAGGACUUAUCCUGUUAUAGUCCUUGAUCUCUUCCUUCCACAACUAUGUGAAGGGGUAGAUGCUAAUAGACUGAUUAUCUGACCAGUCAGGAUUACUGUUCUGUUAGCUGCUUUUAAGGAUGACCCUUCUUUAGCCCUUUUGCCCUGUCCUUUGCCUCAUGAUGACACAGUCCAUAGUGUAGCAGUUAUCUUGACUCAAAGGACCAGCAGAGGGAUCAAAUAAUGGGCCUCAGACUGAAUAAAGCACAGAUACAGGGGAAAGAGACUGUGAGUGUGAAUGAAAAAAUGAGAAGUAUUUGAAAGUUUGGUUCUGUGUGAGUGAGAAAGAAAGGUGUAUGCAUAUACACUGGGCUGGGAGGAGGGAGUAAGUGACCACACUCAUGGUGAGAAUGGGUAUAACAUAGCAAAAGCUGAUAUAACAUGGUUCUUUCAUAUCUAGUGGUGUGAAGAGUUCACACCCUUUAUGGAACACAGAAAAGUUUUCCAAAUGCCAGGAUACUUAUUAUCAUUUUGUAUUAGCAUUUAAAAAAAAUAACACCCAAAAUUAUUACCUCAAAUGUUCCUGCCACAUCCUCUCUAUAGAUAGGCUCUUUAGGACAUUUUCCCUAAACUAAAUAUAGAAGAGUAAAUUCAUCAUAUUAUAACUCCAUUAAGGAGAUUAAUUUAAUUACUGUCAGCCCAAUGUGUAAAUUAACUUCCAAUCACAGAAGACCUCAUCAUAUCACUGGUCAGACACCAUACUUAAUAGGUGCCUUAAAAGAGAAUACCACCACAUUAAAGAAAUUAUCUCAGUGCUUUAUUCCCAAAGAGUUAUAAUUAAAAGUUUCUGUUAUGGUCAGCUUUGCAUCAGCCAAUAAGGACCAGGAGUGAAUCCACUGCUUCAAUCAGAUAAGCUGGAGGGGGUGCUGUUUAGCAACUAAAGCUAUAUUUCUCCCUUAAGUAGCAGGUUCAGUCCAACCCAGGGCGAGAAGCAAAAUACCUGCUAUCCUGUGUUUCUCACACAGCAGCGUAGAACUGUCAUUCUUAUCGGGUUUGGAAUUAUCCCUCAUACAGCUUCAUUUUGAUCUGAAUGUGUACACAAGUAAUAUGCUGAAAAAAAUAACUAGUUGAGUAGAUAGAACACACGUAAAAUAUAUUCCUCCCAUACUGAAUGUGUGUUCGCAUGAACACACCACUAACAACUUAUGUAAUAUACUGUAUUUUCAUUUAUA